CGCAUUGGAGAUAAAGUCCGAGGAGGUGAACUAACCUUUUGAACGUGCCAGUAAGUAAGAUGCCGAGAAAAGCAAGAGAGAGCGGGACCGAUCGAUAGCGCAGCGGUCGGCUUGGCGCCCUUUCAGCGUGCGCAGUGAACGUGCGCUCGGAGCGGUCGAUUGGGCAGGAUUCGCGCCUCCAUUUUUCCAGGAGAGAGCGGGAUACCGAGAGAACCGGACCAGCUGCUGGCAGGGAAACUGUCUUCCUCUUCUCUAAGAUGUACAGAACCAAAGUGGGCUUGAAGGACCGCCAGCAGCUCUACAAGCUGAUCAUUAGCCAGCUGCUAUAUGACGGCUACAUCAGCAUUGCCAAUGGGCUUAUCAAUGAAAUCAAGCCUCAGUCUGUGUGUGCACCCUCGGAGCAGCUCCUGCAUCUCAUCAAACUAGGAAUGGAAAAUGAUGACACCGCAGUUCAGUAUGCAAUUGGUCGUUCAGAUACUGUUGCCCCUGGCACAGGGAUUGACCUGGAAUUUGAUGCAGAUGUUCAGACUAUGUCCCCAGAGGCUUCUGAGUACGAAACAUGCUAUGUCACAUCACAUAAAGGACCGUGCCGUGUAGCUACCUAUAGUAGAGAUGGACAGUUAAUAGCUACUGGGUCUGCUGAUGCUUCGAUAAAGAUACUUGACACAGAGAGGAUGUUGGCCAAAAGUGCCAUGCCAAUAGAGGUCAUGAUGAAUGAGACUGCACAACAAAAUAUGGAAAAUCACCCAGUGAUUCGAACUCUUUAUGACCAUGUGGAUGAAGUCACAUGCCUUGCUUUCCACCCAACAGAACAGAUCCUGGCUUCUGGUUCAAGGGAUUAUACUCUUAAAUUAUUUGAUUAUUCCAAACCAUCAGCAAAAAGAGCCUUCAAAUACAUUCAGGAAGCUGAAAUGUUACGCUCCAUCUCUUUUCAUCCUUCUGGAGACUUUAUACUUGUCGGAACUCAGCAUCCUACUCUUCGCCUUUAUGAUAUCAACACCUUUCAAUGUUUUGUCUCUUGCAAUCCUCAAGAUCAACACACCGAUGCUAUCUGUUCCGUUAAUUACAAUUCUAGUGCCAAUAUGUAUGUAACUGGAAGCAAGGACGGCUGCAUCAAAUUAUGGGAUGGUGUUUCAAAUCGAUGCAUCACAACUUUUGAGAAAGCACACGACGGUGCUGAAGUUUGUUCUGCCAUUUUUUCCAAAAAUUCUAAGUACAUUCUCUCAAGUGGAAAAGACUCUGUAGCUAAACUUUGGGAAAUAUCAACAGGACGAACACUGGUCAGAUACACGGGCGCGGGUUUAAGUGGACGCCAGGUGCACCGGACACAGGCUGUGUUUAACCACACCGAGGACUAUGUGUUGCUGCCCGACGAGAGGACGAUCAGUCUUUGCUGCUGGGACUCGAGGACAGCCGAGCGGAGAAACCUGCUCUCACUGGGGCACAACAACAUUGUACGCUGCAUAGUGCACUCCCCCACCAACCCCGGGUUCAUGACGUGCAGCGAUGACUUCAGAGCGCGGUUUUGGUACCGGAGAUCGACCACCGACUGAGCCACCCUCUCCAUAGGGUUCUUUCUCGAGGACUGUGCCCUCCCCCACGUCCUGUCUCAGCUGCAGUCGUAAGUCAGUGCACCAUCCUUGGCAGUUUUGCUGCCACCUCUGUCCGCGUCCUUCUUGGAUUUGUAUAAAAGAAUCUUUUUUUACCUUGAUGUAGAAUCAUGGUGGAAAAAGUUGAAAACACAGAUCUGUGCAGUUCUACAUUCACUGAUUAUUACAGUGUGAUUUUCAUCAGUUUUGUAAAUACAGGACUUGCCAUUUCUUUUGAUCUCUUGAUUGAAGGAGGAUAGGGUAUUAAAGUGCUUUUGACAUGAGGAAUUUUCAUUUGGUUCUUUUGUCAACUUUCUUGCUUAUUCUGCUAAACCCUCUGUGUAUUUCCUUUCCAGAUAUAUUUGAACAGAUAAGUAGGCAUGCAGCUCUGAGACUCCAGUUUUAUGCCAUAUCAAAAGCAUUUUCGAGAAUCCCUCAAUUCUAUCCUGAAAUGAUGUUAUUCUGAUAAUAAAGCUCAGAUCUGCAACUUUA